CAUAAAUGGCUUCUCUCUCCUUCUUCACUCCCACCUCCACCCUCUUCUUCUUCCCUUUUCCCAAUUGUCAUGGCUUCCUCCGGCCGCCACCCCGUCUACCGAGGCGUUCGCCGCCGCAACACCAGCAAAUGGGUCUCUGAAAUUCGCGAGCCGAGGAAGCCUAAUCGGAUUUGGCUCGGCACUUUUCCCACUCCUGAAAUGGCUGCAGUCGCCUACGAUGUCGCCGCCCUUGCCCUCAAGGGCCAGGACGCGGAGCUCAACUUCCCUAACUCCGCCUCCUCUCUCCCUGUCCCUGCUUCCCGCUCCCCGUCCGAUAUUCAGGCAGCUGCUGCUUCGGCUGCUGCUGCGCUCGGAGCGGCCGCCGCGGCCAUGGAGGCUGGGAAUUCUCAUCCCCGUAACUAUUCGUCGUCGGGAACUCAUUAUGGUGACGUCCGUGGAGCACGAUAUGAUCAAGGGGAGUCAGGGAGUGAGUUUAUUGACGAGGAUUUGAUCUUUGAUAUGCCUAACGUUUUAAUGAACAUGGCUGAGGGAAUGCUCCUCAGCCCCCCUCGUUUCAACGUCCACGGCGGAGACAACGAUGACGGAGACGACGACGGAGACCAAAACCUUUGGAAUUUUCCCUAAAAGCACCAAAUUAUUAUAUCAACCUCCCACCAUUAUUAUAUAACUAUAACA